AUGUUUAAAUCAAAAAUGAUAGAAAAUGAGAAAACACUAUAAUGUUGUUUGAAACACCAGUUGCCAAUCGUUUCAGUCAUUCUUAAUCCUUAAUUACUCAAAUUGCAGAGACUAUUGUGCAAUUAAUGUUCGAACAAUGUAGACACACUAGCCAAUGUAGUAUCUUUCGAGAAAAUAAUUCAAAUGAUAGAACAAUAAUAAAAUUAGAAACUGCAUCUUAUAGAAACCAUGAUAAUUUAGAAUAUUAAAAAGAUCGAAUCAUUUCAAAAUCUGAUCAUUUAAAUGAAAUCAAAUAUAAUCUAAUAAUUAGAACAAUUAAAUAAAAUUCUAAAAGAUUGGAUCACUAAUCUGAAAUCUAUAGGAGUGAAACAUUCACAAUACAGUUUUCAUGAAGAGUUAGAAAAUAUAAUCAAUAAAAACAAUAACAUGAAAUUCAAUUCAAAUUCAUUCAUCAAAGAUAUUAGUAUAGAAAACAAUAAUCGGAAUUCUUAAGCAAAACCUAAAUUGGAGUAAUAUAAUUAAUUUCCAGAAUAUAAUGAAUGCAACUAAAUUCUAUUAGAUCUUUAAGUUGACAUAUUGAAGUUAGAAUUAUUUGAAAAUCUUAAUGAAAAUUCAAUGAAUAUUAAUAAUGAAUCUGAGGGCAAUAUUUAAGUAGUACAGGUACCAUAUUUAGAAGAGGAAGAUAUCAAAUUAUAAUUAAUUCAUUAAUCUGUUUUAUAAGAGGAUUAUUGUUUUAGUAUUGUUUUUAAUUCUUCUUCGACAAUUAUGGUAUCAACUGAUAAAAAAGUAAUUAAAGUAUGGAACUUCAAUGAUGAAAGAAUCAAAUUACAAUAAACUUUUGAAUAACACAAAGAUUGGGUUAAUUGCUUAAUUUAUAGUAGGAUAUAAGAUGCAUUUCUAUCAGGUUCAAGUGAUAAUACAAUAAGAAUAUGGAAAUUAAAGAAAGAAAAUUUCUGGACAUACUCAUAAGCCUAUUCAUAACAUACUAAUAGCGUAAAUUGUAUGAUUUUAAAUGAAAAUGAGGAUUAACUAUUUUCUGGAGGUGAUGAUUAAUCAAUUAAAGUGUGGUCUUUAGAUUUCAGGAAUGGUAAAUUGAUAUAUUAAUAUUCAUUGGAUAAACAUAUUAAUAGAGUAUGCGCAUUAAGUUUAAACUAAUCAGAGAGUUUAUUAGUAUCUUGUGGAAAUAGUAAGAAUGAAACAAUAAUUUGGGAAAAAGGUAUUUAAGAUAAAAUGGAGUUUAAAUAUGUUGUUAAAUAAUCUGUUAGUUGUGGUGGAAAAAAAGUAAAGUUUAUAAAGGACAAUUAGUUUAUUUGGGUUCCUUGUGUUAAAGAGAUUGAUAAAAUAUUUAUUUUUGAAUUGAUGGAAGGUGUUUUUCAAAAGAAUCAGCAAAAGACAAUACAAUUAAAUUAAUAUGAGGAUGAAGGUGAUUAUUAUUUAUUUCCAAUAAUUUAUAAUAAAUAAAAAAAUGUGAUUAUUGUAAGACAUAAAUGUUAUAUUUAUUUGAUUAGAGAAUUAAACAAUGGUCAAUUUAAAAUAGUUGAAUAAUUGAAAUUUAAAACCAACUAUAUAUAUGGUACAAUCUCAAAUAAUGGGUCAUAUUUAGUUUAUUGGGAUAAUUAAAAUUGGUUCUAUUCAACAUAUGAAUUGUUUUAUCAACGAUUAAAUUAUUAAAUAAAUCAUAUAUUUGUAUUACAAUAUAUUUAUAAUUUCUAAAAUGAUUAAUCUUUAUUAAUGAUAAAGCUUACAAUAAAACUUAGAAAAACUUUAGAAUUAAAUUGUCAUUUUGAAUUUUAUUAAUUUAAUAAGUUAUGCUUUAUAAGAAUCAGGUCAAAGAAAAGGAUUCUUAAUUUAUUUUCUAUUUGUUUAAAGUCUACUUUUAUAAAAUCUAUUGCUGAAUCAUUGACUUUAGUUGUAGAACAAAUUUUAUAUAAUUUUUUAAGAAUUUUAAAAUAUUGA